AUGCAAAAGACGCCCAGAAACGGAAAGAAUCGAGUGAAAAUAUUUCUUUAUACUUACCAUGAUGGCGGCCGAAUAAAGUCUGUACCAGGAUCGUUCCUUCUCACUGUCAUUAAACCUCGCGCUAGUCCCCAGUUUUCUUACGAUGACGUAUCGGUUCGCGGAAUCAACAUUGCAACAGAAAACAAGAUGGCGACCUACGGAGGUGACAUCCCUUCAACGAACGAUCCCAGCUCGGCCUCUGGAGCAUCUAAUGGUGAUCAAUCAAGUGCGAACGCCAACUUUGAAUGUAAUAUUUGUUUAGAUACUGCCAAAGAUGCGGUUAUCAGUUUUUGUGGGCACUUAUUUUGGUGAGAACUUUAAGUCUUCGUUUAGCUUGUCCAGCUUUCCGAUGAAACAUGAAUUUGUGGCACUCUCACUCAAGCGACUCCAUAUUAAAAUACUUUAUUUGUUUCCUUUUCAGCUGGCCAUGUCUUCAUAAGGUUAGUUAGCUUACCAUAAGCUUUAUGUAACUCUGUUUCAGCUGAAUACUUCACAAGACGUUUAACUUAUAUUAGCCGUAAUUUUUUAAUACAGAUCUCUAAUUUCAUUUCUGUGUAUUAACGCACGCAACAUACAGUUCUGCAUAGUCGGUCUUCAAAAUUGUGGCAGCUAGGUCAGGUUUUAAGCUCUUUCCUUAUUUCAUAAACUGAGAUACAUGGGAUUAAAAGAAAUUCCCUUGGGUGACAAAAUAAUACUUUUUCACUCAAUAAUUUCCUUGUUUUAACUUCGUCAAGUCCGUACAUGUUAAUCAAUGUGGUUGCUAGGAUGGAGGGUUCUUAGGCUUAUUAAGUCUGAUGCUCAAUGUUGGGGUCACGAAUGAGGCCGAAAUGAGAAACCCCAAAAAAUCCUGUGUAACUAAAAGGAGACCCCCAAGUGUAUGUUGCAGUUAAUUUUUUAUUUCAGUUAAUUUUUGUUUUUCAUUUGUUUAAAAUUCAUUAGCAUACAUUACCAUACCCAAAGACAAUGGAAAAUAAAAACUAACUGAGAUAAAAAAAAAUUAACUACACCAUAUACACUGUAAUUACCCCCAUAAGGGUCUACUUCCUGUUUUGUACUGCAGAUUUAUGUUUAAUAUCAUUGUCAAUUGGGUAUGUACCCUGUGAGGAGAGGCAACAUUUUCUCUGUGUGAGCUGGCAUGCGAAGAGUAGCCUCUGCCGACAACCGUUCAACUUUCUAUCAUGCUUGCACGAAAUUUCAUCAUGUAAUUCGGGAGAAAAUUAAUCUUAAGAUCUGUCGUCAAAUGGCGCGAGUUUCGUGGGAAUAAAAAAAUUGCAACAACUCUAACCUGCUACAAACUGGUCAAGAGCAGGAAAUAACCUGUUUCUUUAAUUUAUUUGUUCAGAUUUAUAGAUGGAUUUGAACAGUUGUUGGCAGCGGCUACUUUUCGCAUGAUUGCUGACACAGCGAAAAUGUAGCCUCUGGUCACAGCGUAUUGGGUAUGACAAUGUAUGAUGAGGAUAAAACUGAACCAUAGUGCAUAGACACUCACACAAGUGUUUCACAUACAAUUUACAGACUCUUCAGUGUCAAUUAAAAAUUUCUCUUUACAUACUCUUAAUAUGGAUGGAUUGAGGCACUUAUAUUACAUAAAAUUGGGUCAGGUUUGAUUACCAUUUAUCUGAAAUGAAAAUCAACUUGUUCCUACCUUUCUUUGGUCAAGUUCAGGAAGUAUUGGCUGUUGUUUGAGGUGAUGAAAUUUUGGAUGAAUUAUGGGAAACUGCACACCUACCCCUCCCUUAAGCUAACAUUAACACUUACUUCUUAUCUAGGGAAAAAUGUUAGCUUAGGGGAGGGGUAGGUGGGCAGUUUCCCAGAAACCUAAUUUGCUAUGAAAUUUUCCUCUCAUUUUGAUCAUUCAUUGUAGUAAGUGCAUGUGCAACAAGGUCAAAAUUAAUGUAAUCGUUGAAUGAUUAACCAUAAUAUUUCAACCAGACAGUUUGUGUCAAUAUUGUCAUCCCACCAAAUUCAUAUUCAAAUGUCCCAUCUUUACCUUUUGUAAUGUUAGAUUACUUGUUAAAUUUGAAGCCAUAGGAGAGCUUAUAAGCUUACAGCAAAGUACUAUACAGAGCUGUCAUUAACCCUUUAAGCCAAGUGUGAUCAGCAUCAAAUUUCUCCUUGUAAUAUCAAUGCUUUGUAAAACAGAGUGGUUAUGAGAAUUAUGGGCAUGAUCACACAAAAUGAAUUUGCUUGAUAUUUUAUCAACUUCUCCCACUACUUCUGUAAGAAAUGAAUAGAGGAAACAAAUGUGAAUUCAAAUUUUGAUCAAAUGGUUUAAAGGGUUAAGGACCAUAACCUUUAACACCUCUGAGCUCACUUGCUGUUACUGGUGAUCAAAGUGGCAAGCUAAAGGUGGCACUAUAAAGUUUUGUGAGAUGUUACUGGUGAAUCUUCAUUUGCUACAACAUCUUGGAAACUUAAUGACAGGCCUGCAUGUACAUCUACUUUUUGUUACUCAGCAUGGAGAAAAAAUGAGAUCAACACAUUCUCAAAAUGAAGCUUGAGUCAGGUAAUUACUUGUGUAUCCACUAAAAUUUGAUUUUUUGUCACCAUUUUAGUGGUUAGAAACUCGACCCAACAAAUCCGUUUGUCCAGUUUGCAAGGCGGGUAUCAGUAAAGAUAAAGUAAUUCCACUUUAUGGAAGAGGCAGUACCAAUCAAGAGGAUCCAAGGUAAUGAUACUACCUGCUUAGUACUAUGGACACAUCAGGGUCACUAACAUUCCAGGGAGUUGGACAUUGGGAUUUAUGGUAUUGCAGUUUUGACCCUUUUUUCAAGCAGUAUUUCAGUAAUUUAAAUUUUUAUGUGCUGUAUUACAGUUUCGUUUAGCCCUGGGGUAUGCGGUUUUUCAUCCUUCUGGCUGAUGGUGUUCAGUAAAAGGACUAAAGAUCCUUUGGGGUAUUGUGAUACCAUUCAUCUAUACUCUCCUAUCUAAUACAGGUCAAAACAAUAUGCAACACCAAACACAGUUAGCUGUACAGGUCAAUAAAAGUUAAUGUACUUUUAAGUCUUUAGACAUAAAUGGUGAAUGAUCGCACAAUUUUGACAGUUAAUCUACAAUGGGAUUGUUGUUGCAUCCAAUGACCCGGCUUUUUUAUCUGUGUACCGAUAAAUUAGAGGUCUUUUUACGUUUUGUCGCAGUGACUGAGGUUGAUUUCUGGUGCAGUACAUACUUGAGAUUAAUAAACACGCUAAAUGAAUACAACUUUACAUAAGUGUGACCGACCAUAGAUGCGGUAUCAGUUUUUUUUUUUUUGAUUUUCCACACCAUAUUUCAGUAUUUUCCAAGUUUUCUUACAGUAUAGCAGUACUGGGUACCCCGAGUACUGGUCCAUGAAUUCUAUCGCUUAAAAGUAUUGAUUACUUUGGAACAAGUGAAUACUUCAGUGGUAAAAAAACAAAGAAUCUUCAAAACUUCAGAAAAACUUUGAUGGUGAGGCUAACUGGUCGGUGUUGUAAACUUUCUUUGUUCCAAAUGUGAUGAGGAUGCGGGUUUCUUUUUUUUGGCGAUGGUUGAAAUGACGCACCAUGUUCAUGGCAUUUUUGCUUUUUGGGAAUGAUGUAACUUCUCUCAAAUUGAAGCCCUUGAUUUUCAUGUAUUUACGCAUGCAUAUUCAAUCAAUUCAGAAACAAAUCGUAGAAUACAAUAUAAAAAGUAAAUAUCCUGAAGAAUACUUGACUGUUGUUAAAGAAGGAUGUGAAAAACUUUUAGCGAGGAAAUUCUUUUUCAUGUAGAAUUAAUCACCUCCUAAUAAUAUUGUUAUCUAAUCUCCAAGGCGCAACAAGCUCAACUUAACGCUUUUUUAAGAGCGUUCUUGUUAUAUUUUUUAUCCUACCUUGUUUCUAUGUUUCUGCAUAAUAUUAUUCUUCCUCAGUAGCCCUGAACUUGAAAGUCAUAUGUGUGACUUGAGUUUUUUUUUUAAUUGAAAACCCUUAUGGCUUAUAUUUUAGGCAAGAGCCUAGCAUUUUGUAAUGGAUGUAAUACAGUUUGUUUUGAUUCUCUCAUGUUUCAACUUCUUUAUUUCAGAGAAAAAAUGCCCCCAAGACCACAAGGAAGAAGACCUGAACCAGAAAAUAAUGGAGUAAGUUUAAGCACUGUUAAUACUACAAUACAAUAGGAAGGUAAUUUACAGGGGUUUCAUUGAGGUCUUUGUGUAACCCUCACAGAACUUUGUUGUAUUCUCACAAAUCUUUGCACAAUCCUCGCAGAUCUUUGCACUAUCCACUUAAAUCUUUGCACAAUCCUAACAAAUCUUUGCACAUUGCUAAAGAUCUUUGCACAAUCCUCACAAAUCUUUGCAUAAUCCUAACAGAUCUUUGCUUAAUCCUCACAGAUAUUUCCACAAUCCCCAUAGUACUUUGUCGUAUCCUUACAAAUCUUGGCACAAUUUUCACAGAUCUUUGCACAAUCCUCACAGAUCUUUGCGCAGUCCUCACAGAACUUGGUUGUAGCCUCACAAGUCUUUGCACAAUCCUCACAGUUCUUUGCACAAUCCUCACAAAUCUUUGCACCAUCCUCACAGUUCUUUGCACAAUCCUCACAAAUCUUUGCACCAUCCUCACAGUUCUUUGCACAAUCCUCACAAAUCUUUGCACAGUCCUCACAGUUUUUUGCACAAUCCUCACAAAUCUUUGCACAAUCCUCACAGAUCUUUGCACAAUCCUCACAGAUCUUUGCACAAUCCUCACAGAUCUUUGCGCAGUCCUCACAGAACUUGGUUGUAGCCUCACAAGUCUUUGCACAAUCCUCACAGUUCUUUGCACAAUCCUCACAGUUCUUUGCACAAUCCUCACAGUUCUUUGCACAAUCCUCACAGAUCUUUGCACAAUCCUCACAAUCCUCAGAAAUCUUUGCACAAUCCUCACAAAUCUUUGCACAAUCCUCACAGAUCUUUGCACAAUCCUCACAGAUCUUUGCACAAUCCUCACAGAACUUGGUUGUAGCCUCACAAGUCUUUGCACAAUCCUCACAAAUCUUUGCACCAUCCUCACAGUUCUUUGCACAAUCCUCACAAAUCUUUGCACAAUCCUCACAGAUCUUUGCACAAUCCUCACAAUCCUCAGAAAUCUUUGCACAAUCCUCACAAAUCUUUGCACAAUCCUCACAAAUCUUUGCACAAUCCACACAAAUCUUUGCAAAAUCGUCACAGAUCUUUGCACAGUCCUCACAGAUCUUUGCACAAUCCUCACAAAUCUUUGCAAAAUCCUCACAGAUCUUUGCACAGUCCUCACAAAUCUUUGCAAAAUCGUCACAGAUCUUUGCACAAUCCACACAAAUCUUUGCAAAAUCGUCACAGAUCUUUGCACAAUCCACACAAAUCUUUGCAAAAGCGUCACAGAUCUUUGCAAAAUUGUCACAGAUCUUUGCGCAAUCCUCAGAGAACUUUGUCAUGUCCUCAGAAAUCUUUUCACAAUCCUCACAGUUCUUUGCACAGUCCUCCUCCUCCUCCUCACACUUGUUACUAGUUUUUAUUACCUUCAUGAAAUGUAUUACAAUGACCCCCAAUGUAAUGCUCCCUUAUCUGAAAAUGACCCCACAAAACCAAUCAAGAUUUUAAAAAUACCCCCCGCUCCCACGGGUAAUAAACGACCAGCACCAAUUACUAGGUUCUUACAUGCGGAUUUUUUUACUGUGCUACAUGAAGGUUUACCUUCUUCAUUUUUUCAUAAUAAUUUCUCCUCCUAUUUACACUUACUGAUGUGAAUCCUUUUUGUUAGGGAUUUCCUGGAUUUGGUGGAUUUGGUGAUGGAUUUCAGCUUUCGUUUGGCAUCGGUGCCUUCCCGUUUGCUUUCUUCUCAACGGUAGGUUACCAGCUACUACAAGGCACAUACAGUGUGCAUUACUGCUUGUUCAUUUGACUGUAUUCCAGAAUAACAAUGAAAGGAAUUAACUCUUAAAAUCACUCAUUUUGCCAUUCAUUGCUUUACAAUAGCUAGAAAUCUGCUUGACAUAAAAUGUCCCAAUGUAUGUGGCCCAGAAAUCUUGGCACAAGAGAUUUGCAACCAAUUUGUGCAAUUCAAAAAAGAGAGAGAAAAUAAUAAGCUCAUUGUCAUAUUAUCAUACAAAUUCAGCCUGGUAUGUGUCAUGUGAUUUUCAUUUUUCUUCUUUACAGACAUUUGGUGGACAAGGACAGACAGCAGGUGAAUUUUUUAUUGCCAAACAUUUUCAGAGCUUUUUGGGGGGUGGGGGGGGGGACUCAAUCCUCUGCAGAGGCCUCUUUAUGUCUUAGAGAGGCUAGAGAGAGAAAAAAUGAAAGUGGGUGGGGGGAAGUGGAUGGGAAGGGGAAAAACAUCCUGCCUUUUCCUUCUUGCUAUCGCCUACCCUGCGCAUACUAUUUUUUAAUUAUUGCCAUUUUUUAUUGGGAUACCUAGCAUGCGACUCUGUGGAGAAGAGAGGAGAUGGAAUUAUGAUGCUUGUAGGGUUAAUUAGUUUAUUAUGGUUUAAACCUCAAUAAUAAAUUAGGAGAGUGUGUGAUAAAGUUAACUUCGCAACAAGACAACUCCGAACUAAUUACAAUUUGGCUGAGAUUCACUCCUUCACUUUUAACACUUGCAAGCACUACUGUCCGUCUUCAAAUUAAAAGCAGAUCUGUUUCAAAGGUAUUUUUCAAUGCCUGACUGAAAAAAAGAUCCUUGAGUCUUGAUGAUUACUUAAAUUAAGUAUCUAGUUUAAAUAAACAAUUGGACCAGAGGGAAAGAUCAAGAUGUCCUGUUAAUCGAAGUCCAGAUCAUCAAGGUUUGACUGUAUUUCUGUUAAUUUUUUUAUUUCUUUUUAUAUGUUAUUUAUAAUCUAAUGUUCACUGCUUUCAUCUCUUUCAGCUCCUGCUGGAUCACCGCAAGCAGAAGAUGAACAGUUUCUCUCUAAGCUAUUUCUUUGGGUCGCAUUCCUAUUUAUGUUUUGGCUUCUAAUUGCUUGAUAUCAGCAAAAUAAUUUUAGAUUCAGAAAUUUAGCUCAAUAUACCAGAGAGACAUAUACAAUCCGACUCGGUGUACGGUUAAUAGGCCUUGUCCUUGGUAGAUCCCCUGCAGGGUUUGUACAGAAAUUUGCAAACCAGUUUUUCAGACCUGAAAGCAAUGUGCUGUGCAGUUGUCAAAUCUCAUUUAAUCUCAUCUUUAGCCAGGACACUCAGUUGCAGAAUAAAUAUUUUCAGAACUCUCUUAUGUCCACUAUGCACAGUCUGUGGUUACUGAAUAUUGACAGUGCCUCAUGGGAAAGACUUUUUCUUUCAUUUGAUUGGUUAUUUGGUAGUCUUGAGUGUGAAAAAAGAAAUAUUUAUUAUCGUUUUGCAAAAAGUUAGGUAAAAGUCUUAAAUUUUGCAUCCAAAAAUCUGUACGGACCGACCCUUUUUUUGAUUUCUUCUUUUGUGAAAAUGUGAUGUAAUAUCAUACUUCAUCUUGGGUAACGUUAAACAGACCAUACUCUGGACAGAGGUUCUUUGGAGUUCUUUUCCUCUCUAGCUGCUAACUGUGUGAUAAAUCAGAAUUAUUCACAUAGCAGUGGUAUUUUUCAACUUAAGCUACUUUGCUGUGUGUUUAUAUUGUAACAGAUGAACUUUUGACUGGCUGAAACAUUAGAGCAGGAAUUUCAUUCGCACACAACCAUUCUAUUGUUUUGCUAUGUUCACAGGAAUUUUCACUUUCUUCAUGGUGUUACUAUCUGCCCAUGAGUAGUGCACUACUUUAGCAAAUUCAAAGUGACAUCUCUCACGCUUAUUUACCAUGCAUCCAUGCAACUCCAUUUCUGUCAUGUUCAAAAAUUUAGAUGGUUAACUUGUCCACAACAUGCUGGUCCAUUUUUCAUCUUUACCGGUGAAGAAUUUGACUUUGGAUUGGCUGUCAAAUUUUUGACCAGUUACGCAUCUAAAUUUACUUAAGGUUGGUGUGGUUCCCGGGGGGAGGGGGUACUUCCUUAUAAGAGGCUGAUGGGAGUGUGCCGCUGGAUGGGGUUGCAUUUUCACAUCUGGACUGACUAUAAUGGGGUCACACAUUUUCGGAUUUUUGGGGGAAAGACAGUUCUUCAUAUUUACAGUUAGCAAACAUACCAGAAUGUUUGUACUGUAGGUGAAAAGUAACAUGUUCUUCAUUCAGUUUAAAUAAUGGGUCAAUUCAUAAAAAUUGAAAGUGACUAAGUUGGGAUCACAAUGAUUACCUAUUUGCCCAAAAGUGACUAAGAUGGGGUCUAUAAUUUGGUCAUAGAAUAGACUAUAAUGGGGUAUGGGCUCUGAGAGGCCAGCGGCACAUACCCAGCAAAAAUUUAGCCAAGUUCUCUCGCCCCCCUCUCCAGGGUGUGGUUUCAUUAGAAUGAAAAAACUACAAGUUUAAACUUUCAAGCAGUCAAAAAUGUGGCUUGUACUGUGUUACCAUGCCUUUACUUCUAAGUGUAGUCAUUUCAGUUGUUAACUCAGUUGAUGAAACCUGAUGGCAAAAAAGAUAGGUGCACACUGUGCACAAAAAGUUGUAUAAUAUUAUUAUCAAAUAUAACAGAGAAAGACUUACUGAGAUUUAUAUAAUUUUGAUAGUUUCAUACAGUGUAACCCUAGGGAUAACUCAACAAAGUUUUACACAGAGAGGCUCUGCCCUGAGGUCCAACCCCGUAUCUUUUUAUAAACCAUAUUUGACAGAAAAGGUACUCCUUGAGUACACCUUCUAUUGAAAAAUGGUACCCUUUAACAUACCUAGUUUAGAACUUUGCAUCUCUUUUAACUGUGUUAAAUUUAUUGCUGUUUAAAUAUGAAUAUGUCACAAAACCUAGCUUAGCUUAACUUUUUCAUAUCCAUAAAAUGCAUCUGUUAGCCCUCUUAGGUCUUUUUACAGACAGAUUUGCCUACCCUUUCAUAUACUUCAGCUAGUAAAAUACCUACCCUUUCAUAUACCUGAAGCCUGGCAGAGCCUCCCCGUAACGGCCAUUAUGAGGAGUAUUCUCCCUCCCCCUCCCCCUCCGGCAGAGUAACAUUCUUAAUAUGGAAAAGUUAAAACCAGAGAAUGUUUCUGUAUUUAGCAGUAAUUUCCAUACAGGUGACUUAAGAGAAAAUAAUACAGGCUUUGAGCAUGUGUGCAUUAGGUUCUGGUGUAGCUGUUAUUUCUUUAAAUUAUUCAUAGCUUAAGGUUGGUCAGUUAUGUGAAGUAUAAACAAGGUUACCAUUCAUUUUCUAGUUAUUUAAUAAAUAAGGUAGGAUAUGGAAAUUUCAAGUUGUUUGAUACUGCUACCUGCAUUAACCCUGAUUUUGAUACAUUUACUUAAAGAAUUGGUUGAGAGAAUUUGACUAAAGAUCAUAGAAUUCUCCCUUAGGCGAUCAUUUCAGUCAUUCUCGCUACCCUUCUUCUUGAUUAUGUAUUGAUACUGCGAGCAGAGAAUUGAUUCUGGUCACUCACAGGACUUAAUAGGUUAAAACUUAAUAUUAUUUUCCAACACUGAAUUAUCAUUCAUUCUAAUAUCUUUUCAGAGUUAGAUUGAGUUUAUUAGUAUUAAUUUUUAAUAAUCUCUGUUCAAAGUGUUCAAUGUAUUCAAACGGAACUUAUUAGUUGACAUUGAAGUUUACACACUAUUCUAUUACUGCCAUACUGUUUGUUGAUAGUUUAACUAUGAAGUGAAAAGGGAGUGUAUCCAAUCUCUCUGAUUGUGUAACAAUUAUAUUAAAAAAAUAUUGUAAAGAAAAUAGUAAUUGUUGCUAGAUAGAGCAUUAGUCUUGUUUUGUUUACAAAUAAACUUGGAUUAAAAUUGU